CCAGGAUUUCUGGUCAUCACACGUUAAUGAAAUCUUUUAAAAAAUCGAUUGGUGAAAAGGUUAGAGGCCAUGGAAGUGCCACGUAGGUUGAUGUAGAAUAAGUGGGUUAGAGACGAUGAGUCUUUCUAGGGUUUCAUAAAGAAAUAAUAUAAUAUCACCACCUUCUGUUUUUUAUUCAGUUUAAGGAAAAAACAAUUGGGUAUUUCAGAAUCUUGUUGGGGAUUUUGUCUUCUAUUUUCUUUUUAUGGUAACAAAGGGAAGACCACUUUUAUAGUUUGAAAAACGCUAUUGUAAUUUGUGGUUUUGUUUCCAGAAGCUAAAGAAACCUCAAGAGUCUUCCAUGGUGAUUUAGUGAUUUUCGAUAUAUGGAUGUUUUCAGGACAAAAGGGAUUUUGGGAAUUGUUCUAAAGCUUAGAACUUUCUAGAAGAUUGUUUAUGGAGCUAAAAUAAGGUUAUGAUCUUGGUGUGAUCUUUAAAAGGUGGAUGAUAAUGGAGUAAUGAACCAUUCAUCUGAAUUCGGUAAUCAGAUGUCUAAUUUUGAUUCUUCAGAAGCUUCAAAUAGAAACCCUCACUCAAUUCCUUCGGGUACGACUACGGGUCAUGACUCCGGAAUCAUAACCGAAGAACGGAAACAGCGAUUCCGGGGGAAUCACAACGGUGUUAACUUAAGAGAAUGGAUAGACAACCGAAACCGAGUCGUUGAUGCCUUUGAAUGCUUACAUAUAUUCAUACAAAUUGUAGAAGUUGUCAAUUUGGCACAUUCAAAAGGAAUUGUUGUUCAUAAUAUUCGCCCUUCUUGCUUUAUCAUAUCUUCGUUAAACCGCGUCUCGUUUAUCGAAUCCGUAGCUUGCUCUGAUUCCGAUUCCGAUGUUAAGGGAUCGUGUUCCUUUUCCGCCCAAAAUCCCGUAAAUGUCUCGCGUACGGUUUCGGAUUUGCAAUCGGGUUUGGAGAAUUUAGAAGAGGAACGGAAUCAGCGAUUCCGACCGUUCCCGAUGAAACAAAUGGAAAGUAAUUGGUACACGAGCCCGGAAGAGGCAAGUGGUGGUCCAAGUUCUUGUGCUUCUGAUGUUUAUCGACUCGGGGCUCUUCUCUUUGAGUUGUAUUGUACGUGUAGCUCGGUUGAAGAGAAGAAUGCAACAAUGUCUAGUUUGAGACAUCGUGUCUUUCCACCUCAAUUACUACUUAAAUGGCCAAAAGAAGCUUUAUUUUGCCUUUGGUUAUUGCAUCCCGAGCCAGAUAGUAGGCCAAAAAUAGAUGAAGUAUUACAAAGUGAGUUUCUUAAUGGACUUAAAGACAACUUAGAUGAACGUGUAGCAGCAAUAGAACUUAAAGAACGAAUCGAAGAACAGGAGUUAUUGCUAGAAUUUCUUUCGAUGAUGCAAAAACGCAAGCAAGAAGCUGCAAAUUCUAUGCGAAGCACUGUUUCCGUUUUAACUUCAGAUUUGCAAGAAGUUGUGAAAUUGCAAUCAUCAAUCAACAUAAAACUAGAAUCAAAUUUGAAUCAUCGAUCUAUAAACGAUGAUGAUCCCGCAAACCCAGAAUCAAGAAAACGCACCAGAACAAUAACUCACGAAGACGAGUAUCAGACAUCUGAAAAUCGAGGAAAUUUGAUCUCUAAAACCCCUCGAUUGAUGAGAAACUUAAGGAAGCUUGAAUCGGCUUACUUUUUGACUAGGCGCAGGGCGAUUAAACAAGAAAUUAAACCCAGUAAAAUCGAUUGUAAAGAAUCGAUUGUUUCAAUUAAUGAUUUCUCAUCAAGAGAUCGGAUUGUGGGUAGGCAAAAUCGAUGGAUGAAUUCGUUCUUGGAUGGAUUGUGCAAGUAUUUAUCUUUCAGUAAAUUGAAAGUCAAAGCCGAUUUGAAACAAGCAGAUCUCUUGAGUUUUUCGAACCUUGUGUGUUCUUUGAGUUUUGAUCGCGAUGGAGACUUUUUUGCAACAGCUGGUGUGAAUAAGAAGAUUAAAGUUUUUGAAUAUGAUUCGAUCUUGAAUGGGAAUCGUGACAUUAAUUACCCUGUUGCUGAAAUGGGAAGUAACUCGAAGCUUAGCAGUAUAUGUUGGAAUCGAUAUAUUAAAGGGCAAAUUGCUUCCAGUAAUUUCGAAGGUGUAGUACAGGUAUGGGAUGUUACACGAAAUCAAGUAUUUACAGAAAUGAGAGAGCAUGAGAGCCGUGCAUGGUCUGUGGACUUCUCCUCAGCGGAUCCCACCCUGCUAGCAAGUGGAAGUGAUGACGGUUCAAUUAAGCUCUGGAAUAUCAAUCAGGGAGUAAGUGUUGGGACCAUUAAUACAAAAGCAAAUGUUUGUUGUGUUCAAUUCCCCCCGGAUUCUGGGAACUCACUAGCAUUUGGAUCAGCGGAUCAUAGAAUGUAUUACUAUGAUCUUAGGAAUACAAGUAGACCACUUUGCACGUUUAUUGGACACGAUAAAACUGUUAGUUAUGUUAAGUUUAUAGACUCGGGAACUCUUAUAUCAUCAUCAACCGAUAACACUUUGAAGCUUUGGGAUUUGUCUGAGUGUUCUUCCCAUGUUGUUGACUCUCCGCUUCAAUCGUUCACGGGUCAUGUGAAUGUAAAGAACUUUGUCGGUUUAUCUGUAUCCGAGGGUUACAUCGCAACCGGUUCAGAAACAAACGAGGUUUUCAUCUACCACAAAGCUUUCCCUAUGCAUGCAUUUUCAUACAAAUUUAACACCAUAGAUCCAAUUUCUGGUGAUGAAGUGGAUGACAAUGAACAAUUUGUGUCAUCUGUUUGUUGGCGAAAUCAAUCUUCGGUUUUGGUUGCUGCAAACUCCAUGGGAGAUAUCAAGCUCUUAGAGAUGAUUUAGUUUUACAUGUAGAAUUGUAUAUAUAGACAAAAAUUCGUGAUAAUUUUUGCUAUUUUAGAGGAUGAUUAUGGUAGAUAAGAAUUAGUAUUUCGUUGGAUUUAAAUUUUAAAUUUAUAAGUAGUUAAGUAUUCCAUUUGUAAAUUUAUAAUGCUUAAUAUUGUAUAAAUCGUAAAAUUCGUAGAUAUUAUAAAUUGUCUUUAAGGCCAUUUCCAAA